AUGUUUAUUAAGAACAGGCCAAUUCGACCUCGUCAACUUGGAUCAAAUCCCGGUUCUAGAAUUCCUGAAUUUGAUCGAUCCCAUUCAGUUACUACUGCUUCGCUGAAUUCCGAUACUUCAAAAGAGAAUAAUGAACAAGAUAGUAAUAUCGAGAUAAACAGUAAUGAACAGAUAAAAAAUGAAAUCGACGAUAAUGAUAUCGAUGAUGAUUGUCAACAUUUGAAUGUUAAGCAGUUUUCUAUUGGAAUAUAUUCUGUAUUAAAGGAUACUGUUGAUAAAUUUCAUUUAGCAUUUUGUGACUUACAAUCAUCUCAAAAACAACUACAAGAUCAACUGAUUGCCUUAGAUCAAGGUUCGUUUAGUGUAUUUGUAUGA